CGUAGGGCGUCUCCAUGGCGACCGCGUGGGCCUGGCGGCCUGCAUCGUUGGGCUGCACCGCUCUCGGUUCCCCGCGUGCCAGCGAGCUCCUCCUCGCGGAGAGGGGCGCCGCAGGAGGAUUGUAGGAGGUUGAAGCAGCCUUCCCGGUGCUGAUUCCCAGGAGAGGAUCCAUGAGGGAAGGCCCAGGGUGUCCGCGGGUCGCCCUCUCUCAUUCAUUGCUCAGCCUUUGGGCAGCUCCUUAACUACCCCAAGCCUCGCACUCCUCAGCACAAGCACGGGAAGGAAGUAUGUGUGUGCGCUCGUGUACCAGCCAAGUGGAGUGUUAACCAGGGAUCGCGUGUGAGCCCAUUAGCAUUCCGAUGUGUGUUAUUACCGCUGGAUCCGUUGUUUAGAAAUUACACGUGGAGGGGCUCCUGGGUGGCUCAGUCGGUUUAGCGUCUGACUUGCGCUCGCGUCAUGAUCUCCCGGUUUGUGGGUUUGAACGCCAUGUCGGGCUCUGUGCUGACAGCUCAGAGCCUGGAGCCCUCUUCGGAGUCUGUGUGUGUCUCUCUCUCUGCCCCUCCCCUGCUCACGCUCUGUCUCUGUCUCAAAAAUAAAUAAACAUUAAAAAAAAAGUUAGAAAUUGCACGUGGAAGUGUGCUUCCCCAGAAGAGCUGCUGGUGAGCAGCAGUUCUUAAACUACUUUGGGAAUAUUGUGGAACAACUAAAAGUGAAGAUUCUUUUUUGACAGAUUUUCCCAGCACCUAACUUUGUGUUCCCCAGACCCAGCGCUGCUCCCUGAGCCAAACGGGCAGGAUUCCUGGGCUCGGGGAGGAGCUUAAAGUGGAAUCUUGGAACUCUGUGCUUCGAAGUGAGGCUCAUACGUUUAAUCAGAACCUUCUUGACUUCCUGCUUUCUUCCUUCCUUAGAACUUGAAUGUCAAAUUUAUGAUACCGUUUAUGAAAAAUGGUGACUCCAGAGCGCGCAGGAUGAGCAGUGGUCCCCCGACGGCUGGCAGAUGGACGGAAGCGGCCCCUCCGAGCUGCCCCCUGGGGCGGCUGAUCCAGAGCGCGGUGCCGGCCAAGUUAGCAGCGUGCCUGCCUCCCCCUCCGGAGAGGUUCACCAGGAGGUCAAGGGGGUCGUCCUUUCAUCGGUCUUAGACUUGAGUCAACGUGGCCUUCACCAUUUAGAAGAGAUCUUUAAAAUCCCCAACAUUAAACAACUGCACCUUCAAAGAAACGCCCUCUGCGAGAUUCCCGCAGACUUCUUCCAGUCGCUGCCAAACCUCGCGUGGCUGGACUUCCGCUACAACAGCAUCAGAGCUCUUCCUUCUGGGAUCGGGUCUCACAAGCAUUUGAAAACUUUGCUUUUAGAAAGAAAUCCUAUCAAAAUGUUACCUGUGGAGCUGGGGAACGUGACCACACUGAGAGCCUUGAACCUGAGACACUGCCCCCUGGAGUUCCCCGCCCCCCUCGUCGUGCAGAAGGGACUGGGUGCCAUCCUGGCCUUCCUGCAGGCCUGCGCCAUGCAGCGGCCUCCUCCCCGAGGGUCAGCUUCUCCAGAGCGUGUGGCCGACAAAGACGCUGUGAAUUCUCAGGAUCGAAGGGGGAGGUUAAAAGAAAAAGCAGACUUUCUCCCUCCUGUUGAAAAGCUACACCUGAGUGAGCUGGGCAAGUCCACUGCCUCCCCAGAAGACUGGCCGGGCGAGGAGGAAAUCAGGCGCUUUUGGAGGCUGAGGCAGGAGAUUGUCGAGAAGGAGCAGGAGGAAGUGCUUGCAAAGCAGCUCUUACCGGCAGAGUUACCUGCAAACCUCAAGGCGGCUCUGAACACGAAGGAGAAAGAACAUUCUGGCUCCAGACGCGUUCUCAGUGCGUGCCGUCCGCGGGGGAGUGUUCACCGCGGGGUCUGUGACGGUAGAAGGAAGAUGUCCUCCCUCAGGAGCGUCCUGCCGGCCCUGGUGCCACAGCAGCGAGCGGGGCUUCCCGCCAGGAGAGCGGAGGACAGCCGGGCCUUGGCCCCCAGGGAGCAGCACGUAAGAGACAAAGGAGCACCGCGGGAGUGGCGGGAGCGAGCCCGGACCCGGAGGACAGCGGAGGAGGCCCUGGGCAAGCCCCUGCCUCCCCAGAGGAGUCUGGGACGAGGACGCCAGUGGGAGGGGUCUCAUCCGGUCCGGGGGCCACGGUGCCCGCUGCAGAGAUGGAGCCUGCGGCCUGCUGACAGACCUAUUUCCUCUCAUGUGGUGUCAAAGAUUCCCUGUGCCGUGGAUUUGGCAGACAGUGAGAAAAUGCCAGUGAAUCCACCCGGAAACAUGAGGCAAAGGAAAGAGAAGUCAUCGCAAGCAAGUGAAGAAAUGAGGGCCUUCCGAGAGGAGCUCUGGGAAGAAAACCUAAAGCAGCACAUUCAGAAAACGCACGAGGGAAGAAAAAGAUUUCAAGGCACGGUGCCACUCAAGGAAAUGAGUCCGGCUGCCCGGGACUUGGACGUUGCCAGGAAGCUACAGGAUCAAGUGAUGGAGCCGGGACCGGGGCCGACCUUAACUAGAAGCCACCGGUUCGCGGCUCUCGCUGGGCACCGUCCACGCCACCCACCUGCGUCCCAGCCCCAGAAGAUAUUGUUCCACAUGAAAUACUGAGUCUGAGGACGGUCGCGAGUGCUAAUGAGUGAGGAUCCCUGGCGCUGACAAAGACUCUUCAGACCGAGGAGUGGGUGCAGCGGCUCGUGGGCCCUGCCCGAGGGUCCUUCCCUGCGAGCGCGCCCGGGGCGUCCGCUCCAACGCCACCCCCUCCCCCCUGGGUCUGCGCGGCUUUUUCAGAGGCUGUAAAAGGGUUAAGCCAGAUUAAAGGAGAGAACACCAAGGACGAGCCACCGGGUGUGCACUCCCGUGCCCGUGUCUCUGCCCGUCUCACCGACGGCACGUCCGCGGGUCAGCACCCGGCCCUCCCCUCUGCCCCCAUCAGCCCCUCCUAGCUAGCCCUCACCCAGGCUGCUCAGACCCUCCUGCAGGAGCCUCCGACUGAGUGUUCAAUAAAUUCAAGGGCUUGACCUUGAAACUAUCUUUGA